AUGACUUCUCCGCACAACCCCACCGUCCUCAUAGUGGGUGCUGGCUCAAUGGGGCUCGUCACAUACUUUGUUCGCCCAAAGCGCGCCGAGGAGCUCAAGCAGCCUCAGUUCCUGUACUGGCUCGACAAACAAGAACUCCACGAAUUCAAGAACUACUCUCAUUUUACGGACCCAUCCUCGAUACUCUCCUUGAGCUAUGAUUACAUACUCAUCACGAUUGACGCGAAGUCCGUGCAAAGCGAGGAAGGGGAAGAACUUGUCAAGAUAUUCGGGCAGGCAGCCCGCAAUAAAACUACCAAAGUCAUUAUUGGCAGUGUUUUCUUGGGCGCCAGAGACUGGAUUUUGGAGAAAUCUGGUCUACCCGACAAUCAAGUUACCAGCGCUGGCUUGGGCAUUGUAGCAUACCCGGGCAAGACCGCAAACCUCCGUGUCCAUCCCUCGGCUGAUUCUGAUCUGGUGAAGAAAGCCGAUGUGGCAUAUGUGGAUAGCAUGGGAAACGGCUUCAUCCUGGAAGAUUACAUUCCCUCAAUUUCGAGCAGCUUUUCCAAGCUUUACAAUGCUUGUGGAGUCUCCAAUUGCGUUAUAUGGUCGCCGACACAGUGUGCUCUGAACAUAUUUCCCCUGUUUGCAGUCUUCAUUGGGCUAGAGCUUCUGGGUUGGCCCAAAAUCAAGGAUAUUGAUACUGAGUCAGAAAUGCUUGAUGUAUGCGGAGAGGCAGGGACUCAGACGGCUCAGGCUACGUUUGAGAGUACUUUUGUCCAGAUGUUUGCCUACCUCGAGGAGAAGCUUCGCCCUCUCGAUUUCCAAGCUUUCAACCAAUUUCAGUCACGGAGGAAAGGUUGUGGAGCAGGAUCGCAUGCACAUUGA